ACUACGAUACAAGUUUUCAAAUUUUAUCUACUUAUGUCUCUAUUUAUUAUUUAUUGGUGCAUGCUUGGUUCUCCAAUCUUAGAAACUUUCCAGCGUGGUGUCGUGACAGGCUGCGUGGCUGAUUACUGAGAGCGGAAGUUUUUUACGCGCAUGCGUCUCGAUGACAUCCGAAGUGUAAGAUCAGCGUUAGCGCCACCUCCGCUUCCCCUUUCUUUGGUGUUCUUAGUGUUCUCACACACACACACACCGCCCUCCCCCUCCUUCCACCUCACCUUCCCUGACAUGAUGUUUGCAUCUUGGUGAUGCUUGGCCACAACAAGCCGACAGCUGUCAUUGGCAGAGGGAAGAGUGCCAGACCACUCCUCCCGCGAAUAAGUAGUUCUUCAGCGCUGACACCUAUAAAUUUCCUCUUUAAGAAUUUGAGAAUGCUUUCGUAUAGUCCAGCAUUUUCUAGGUAGACAACUUUUGUUUUCUUUCAGUCAGUAUAGCAGACAAAACUACAGCUGAUAAAAACAACAACAACUUAGACAAAGAAUUACUAGCGACAAAGAAACGGCGAGAAAGGACUGCAGCUCUGUUAGUGAGGUGAAACAGGAUCACAAGGAACAGAAAAUGGCUGUGAGGGCAAUGGCCGUCCUCGCUGUCUUGCUGGGGUUAAUGAUGCCGUCUGCAACGUCCGGCUGCUCGUGUCCGUCCUGUAACUAUGGGGAUCCUGUCCAGAAUUGCGAGUGCUGCGUCUUCAGACAGUUUGGCAAGCGGGGGACGGCUGUCAGGGUGCUGGCAUCCCCCUCGUUCCCUGCGCAGAACCCUGGUCUGGACAUCUCGUCAUCAAACAUUGUGCUGCCCGCUGACCUCGAGGUCAACUUUGGACAAGGCCUCCGACGACAGCGCAUCGACGACGACAUCGAAGCUGCUGGCGUGCGUUCAGUGAUCGACUACAGAGCAUUGUCGACAGCCCCACGAAGACUGGACAACGACCUCUCACCAGCAUCAGCAGCAGCUAACAGAAAGGACCAUCUGAUCAAGUUUCUGGACAUUCUACAGAUGAACCCAGACAAAGAGGAUCUCGACUCUUUCUAAAGCUCUGAUCCUGUUACUGACAUUUUCUACUCCCAGAAGAUGCAGACUUUCUCGAAACGUAGAAACAAGGGAAAUAAACAAAAUGUAUAAUUCUUGAUUGCACAGUUUUAAAAGGAUAAAUAAACUUUUGGAGUCUGGGAAAAUCUUAUUUUCACACUACAGGAUUCUAGCUUAAAAAUAAUUGAGAGUAUUAUUUUUUUUAAAAUGAAACGAAUCGUCGCGAAAGGAAGAUGGUAAUCUCUCAUUUUCAAAAUUAUAAAUAAUAAAUGAAUCUCCCAUGAUGUGCAGCUUGCAAUUAGAUGCACUGUUACUGAGUCAAACACUCCGACAGUGUUCUUCCAUGUAGACAAAUAACAUAGAGUUGUAACGAAACAAUAAAAUAUUUUU